AUGGCGUCAAAACAAGAAAUAGAAGUUCUUGAUGUACUCGAGGACCUGGAUGAAAAUGUGCAAUCGGCAAAGGACAUAACAGACUGUGACAUGUUGAAAACUAGGAUUAACAUCAAACAAAAGGUAAUCAAUUUAAUUCACCUGAAUAUAAGAAGUAUUAGAAAAAAUGGUGAUGAGUUGCUGGCAUUUGUGCAAACUUUCGAGUUGGAUUAUUGUGACAUAAUGAUUCUAACAGAAUGUUAUAAAAUGGAUUGCAAUACAUUUUGCUUUCCUGGCUAUAACUCACAUUACAAUCAUGCAGAUUUCAAUAAAAAUGAUGGCACCCUAAUUUUAACUAAAGAGUAUUUGAAUGUUCAAAUAAAGGACUAUAAGCUUAGCUCACUGGUGACAGUGAGUCGAUUGGAGUUUAACAUUGAGGCGCUAAAUGUUGGUGUAAACUGUUUAUAUAGACCAACUCCAACGAGUGCACUCCAAUUUGUUCAGGACAUUGAUGGCUAUUUUGAGGAACUUUUGAAGCACCAAAUAGAAAUAUUUGUUGGGGACCUAAAUUUAAAUAUAAACAAUAGAGAUGACCGUGUAAUAAACUUGUACCUGUUGACUUUGAGUCAUCAUGGUUUUGUUUCGCUUGUGAACUGCGCCACUAGGGAAACAAGCACAUCAGCUACUUGCAUCGAUCAUCUAUUUAUGAGAAAAAAACUGAAAACUAAUUCUCUAAAGUACCAAUCUUUUGUGUUGAAUAAUGGUUUGACAGAUCACUACCCUAUCAUGUUGAAUUUAUAUAAUGAUUCGCCAAAUCAGGCAAUAAAUAGCUCUAAUAAAAACAAACCUAUUAGAAAAGAAAUAAUUAAAACUAAUUAUAAAAGGCUUAGAGCUUUGUUGGACGAGAAAGAGUGGGACAGUGUUACAAGUUGCAAGGAUCCACAAAAAGCAACUGAUAAUUUCUACAAAAUAGUUCUGAAUAACAUCGAAGAAACAAAAACAAUUAAUGUAGUAAAAACAUGUGAACACAAAAAGAUUAAACCAUGGAUCACAAAUGGCAUUAUUACAGCAAUCAAACACCGAAAUAAAUUUUAA